AUGAAGAUUCAACAAGCACUUUGCCUGGGCCGGCAGCACAGGUUGUCUGCUCAAUUUACUAAAGCCAAGCUGAAGGAGCUCAAGACUGAAAGACUUGACAACGCAGGUCUGGCCGAAAUACUUGAGUUUGAGCUGCAGCUCAAAAAGAGGGAGCUUGAGCAAGCUCUUGUGCCAAGCGACCAGCAGAGGGAAGAGCUUAGAAUUUUGGCCAAAGACUUUCAUCGCAUGCGCAACAACAAGGACGUAAUUGAGAGGAAUCUCGUCAUCCUCGACGAAGGUGACAAGAAAGAGAUAGAGAGAUGGAGGGAUGCGUGGUUUGAAGUGGAUAAGCUGCUAGAUACCACGAACGAGAUAAUAGCUCCGAUCAAGUCGAAGAAAAUCGUCGAAGAAGCGGUCCCACUGUGGAGAGGAGAAGAGAGGAACGACUUGCUAGGCCAGAGUCUGAACGUGGAAGAAGAAGCAGUCCACGCCUACGCUCGCGAGAAGCUGUAG